AUGGUCGAUCUCUUUAGCUACAACGCUAAAAACUCGUCUAUUGACCCUUUGACCCGCUAUGCCAAAAAGGAUCAAAUCGCCUUCCUUCUCUCCCUUCCCCAGGAGUGCCUCGUGCCCUAUGACGAGCUCUUCACGCUGGUCAUGAAGUGGCGGAAGUACGAGAAGCACUGGAUGGACGGAGACUUCACGAGCCUCGACCCGGAGUUCAUCGACGUCGAGACCGAGGAGCUAGCGAGACCCCAGCCGAACAGUCCUCUUGCCUUGAACCACUUAUCGCCUCUUAUCGCCUCCAGGGAGCUGUUCCGCCUCCGCAAAGCCUUCAAGAUGAAGUUCAAGCAGCAGGCGCUGGAGGGCGACCCGAGGAAAGCCCGCAUGAACCUCGACGACCCGAAUCCAGAUAACUUGCCGGGGCCGCUGAGGGUGUGCGCCCUCGCCCUCAAUCAGAUCAAGGGCUUCAAGGAGCACCUGCCCCUCGUCUCCGUGCUGUGCAACAAGGGGCUGAGGGCCAGGCACUGGGAGAACCUCAACAAGGCGGCGGGAUUCGACAUUACGCCCAAUGCUGGCACCAGCCUGCGGAAGGUGGUACAGAUGGACCUCGGGGGGCUGCUGAAGGAGUUCGAGGUGGUGAGCAGCGGCGCCUCGAGGGAAUACAACCUGGAACUAUCGCUAGCCAACAUGAAGAGUGCCUGGGAGUCCGCACGGCUGUCCUUCGCCCAGAAUCCGGACGUCGGCGUACAGGUCCUCGAUGGGCUAGAGGAGGUGAGGGAGCUGGCGGAGGAACACCUCAUUACCACGCACACUAUCAAGAACUCGCCUUUCGUCGGGCCUUUUGUCGGACACGAGUCGUUAAGGUUUGCGACAGGUUCUACAGUUUUAGAAGUGGAACAUUCUUAUAUUUUAGUGUUCUCAUAUCAACAGAACUUCGUAUCUGAUGACGUGAAAAUGUGGGAAGCUACAUUGCGAAUGGUGCACGAAGCCCUCACAGUUUGGAUGAAGGUGCAGACGAUAUGGGUGGAAUUAACGCCCAUCUUUUCAACUCCUGACAUCCCUCACCAACUGCCUGACGAGAACCAGCUGUUCAAAGAAGUCGACCAGAAGUGGGUGUCUGUGAUGGACAAGACGGUCUCCUCGGAACGCCUCCUCGACGUGGUGGCCGACGAGAAAACGCUGAAGGAGGUGAGGUCGUGUCUUCAGAAUUUCGCCGUCAUCCAGAAGGCUGUCCACACUUACCUCGAUAGCAAACGGCGCGUCUUCCCCAGGUUGUACUUCCUUUCCAACGAGGAGCUAACGGCGCUGCUGUGCGAGACGGAGGCGGCGCGGCUGCAGGACCACAUCAGGAAGUGCUUUGACGGCGUCCACGAGCUCCUCCUGGACGAGCAGGACGCCAUCUACGCCGUCUCCAGCAAGGAAGGAGAGACCAUCAGCCUCCUGAAGAAACUGCCCGCGUCACAGGCCCGCCAGAGCAUCGAACACUGGCUGCUGCAGUUCCAGGAGGCUAUGACCAACACUUUGAAGAUGAAGACCUGCGCCGGCGUGGACAAGUGGACUCGGCGCGGGGGCGGAGGCGGAGGGCGGGAUUUGGAGAGCAUCGUGCCUCCGUGGCCCCUGCAGGUGACGCUGACGGUGCGCCACGUGUUCUGGACGGCGGAGGUUCACCAGGCCAUCUGCGGCGGCACUCAGGCCCUGCGGGAGUGCCUCACGAGGGUCGAGGGCGAGGUCCACAUGAUCGUUGCGGCUCUCCGGAAGACGCACCUGGACAGCGGCAGGCAGUCCUCGCGCACGCCGGCCACCUCGCCCCCCUCGUCCGCCGCCUCCGACUCCACGCCCCGAACUCCGCCUUCUUCAGGGAGAGUGGGCGCCGGGUCACGCCUCGCCCCAUCGCCCUCCCGCCACGCCCUCUCCGUCCUCAUCCUGUCCGCGGUGUACGCCAGGGACGUCCUCAAAGAGCUCAUUGAUCGCGGGGUCACGGACGAGGAGGCCUUCUGCUGGCUGGCGCAGCUCAGAUAUUACAUGAAGGAGGACGAGAUGGAGGCGAGGAUGCUACACUGCCCUCUGCCUUGGGGCUGGGAGUACGUGGGCGCCGAGGGAAGGCUGGUGGUCACGCCCCUCACCGCCCGCGCCUACCACACCCUUGUCACCGCCUAUCACGCCCAUCUAGGGGGAGCUCCUGAGGGUCCGGCGGGAACUGGCAAGACUGAGACGGUGAAGGACCUGGCGCGGUCGCUGGCCGUGAACUGCCUGGUGUUCAACUGCUCCGACGACCUUGACUUCAUCUCCAUGGGCAAGUUCUUCACGGGCGUGGCUGCGUCGGGCAGCUGGGCGUGCUUCGACGAGUUCAACAGGCUCGAGGUGGGCGUCCUGAGCGUGGCGGCGCAGCAGAUCCUGACGGUGGUACGGGCGCGGCGGGAGGGGCGGGGGACGUUCUCGAUGGAGGGCGGUCUGCCUCUCGGCCUCAACGCACAGGGCUUCUUGGCUGUCACUAUGAACCCGAAGUACAGAGGGCGCGUCGCUCUGCCGGAUAACUUGAAGCUUCUCCUCCGGCCAGUGUCCAUGAUGGCCGCUGACUACCAGUCGAUCGCCGAAGUCUCGCUCCUCUCAUGCGGCUUCGCUCACGCCCGCGCCCUCGCCGCCCGUGUCGUGGGCGUCAUGGCGCAUUGCCAGACCAUGCUGCAUCCUCACCAUCAUUACGACUUUGGCAUGCGAGCCGUGAAAACGGUGCUGGCGGCGACCUCCCGCUUGAGGACCUCCCUGCCGGAGUGGUCGGAGACGGAGGUCGUCCUCCGGGCCCUAAGGGAAGUCAACCAGCCCAAGUUGGUCGCCGACGAUUACGAGAGGUUCGAGUCCAUCCUCUCCGACUUCUUUCUCGAACUCCCGCCGACGCCCCGCCCGCCAGCUGAUAACCUGGUCAGCUGUUUGGAGAAGGUGUGCGAGGAACGAGGCCUCCUUGCAACGAACGAGUUCCUCCUGAAGACGCUGCAACUGUACGAGACGCUGAGGGAACGCCACGGGGUCAUGGUGGUGGGGCCGCCAUGUGGAUCGAAGACCACGAUCAUUCAGACGCUCUCGGCAGCACUGGGCAUGAUGGAAGGGGACCAGCCUAUCCACGUGGAGGUACUGAACCCUAAGACUCUGACGCAGGCGCAGCUGAUCGGUUCCCUCGACCCUGUUAACAGAGAAUGGUCGGACGGACUCGUAGCGCAGGUCAUCAGACAAGCCCACGCCCGCCGCACGUGGCUGCUGUUCGACGGCCCGACGGACGCCUCGUGGGUGGAGAACCUCAACACCGCCCUCGACGACUCGCAGAAGCUGUGCUUGCCCUCGGGCGAGACAGUGCCUGUGCCCGAAGACAUGGCCACCAUCUUUGAGGUCCUGGAUCUGUCCCAGGCAUCCCCCGCCACGGUCUCGCGAUGCGGAAUGGUGUACGUGGGCGGCCAGACGAUCGGAUGGGCGGCGAUCCUGCAUUCCUGGCUGCACCACCAAGCCCACGGACCCUGGUGGGGGGAGUACGGCACCCUUCUGCGGGAGUUGGCCAACUGGCUCAUCCCGCCCGCACUCGAGUUCGUGAAGACGCACUGCCGCUACCUGCUGCCCGUCGUUGAGGUAUCGCUUGUCAGGUCCAUCUUCCCUCUGACGGCGACGGUGGUGAACGAGGUGCUCCAGGACGGCAGCAUCUCGCAGAAGGACCGUCCAAAGGUGGGCCCCACCUGGACGACGGCGUCCUUCCUCUUCUCCGUCACGUGGUGCAUCGCGGGGGCGCUCACCCUCCCCGCCAAGGAAGCCUUCAACGUCUUCUUCAGGAGACUUGUGAUGGGUUACAUUAGAAAACACCCAACGCCAUCUAUGAUCGAGCAGAUCGGCUGCCCUUACCCGGGGGACGGCAGCGUGUUCGACGUCCUCUUCGACGCCAAGCAGAGGUCCUUCUGGCGCCCCUGGACCGACGUCAUCAAGCACACGGAGAUCCAGGAGACGACCAAGAUCUCCUCGCUCCUGGUGCCCACGGUCGAGUCGGCGAGACUCUCCUACCUCGUCGACGUGUGUGGGCGUGCAACCAACGGCAUCCUCCUGGUGGGCGAGGGCCAGAGUGGGCGGAAGGUGGUCGUGCGUCACCAUCUCAAGAACCUCCCGACCGACGCCUCCGAGUACGCCAUUCUGCCUGUGACGCCCGCCGCCACCGCGCUCUCCGUCAAGUCCGUGGUGCUGAGCUGCCUGGCGCCGCGGGAGACAGGGGGGUGGGGGGCCAAGGGGGGUCGUCGGCUGGUCGUGUUCAUCGACGACCUCCACCUGGCCUCCCACGACGACUACCAAGCACGACCCAUCCACGAGCUGGUGCGGGAGGCCAUGCAGAGGAAGAGCUGGUACGGCGUGGAUUCGACGACGAGCGUGCCCCUGGAGGACAUCACGUGGAUAGGCGGCGCCUCACUUCACGCGGGCAGGGCUUCGGGCGGCGGUGGCGGCGGAGGCGACGGGGGCGGCGAGGAGAGGGCGCCAGACUUGCUUCAUCCGCGAUGCCAGGCCGGUUUCAUGGCCAUCGCCGCCCACGCCCUCUCCAAGGACACCAUCACUAGGGUCUUUACCACGCAGCUGAACGUCUUCCUCAGGGCCGGUGGCUUCGUGCCCGACGUGUUCACGGUGAUUCCGGGCGUGAUUUCGGGCACGAUGGGCGUCCUGGACCACGUACAGACCGCCCUCCGCCCGACGCCCGCCAAGAGCCACUACACCUUCAGCCUCGCCACCGCCGCCCGCGUCGUCACCUCCAUCAGCUUCCUCAAGAAGGAGUCCAUGGAGACCAAACGACACUUCGUCAGAGUGUGGGUUCACGAGGUAUACCGGGAGGUGUGCGACCGCCUGAUGGAGACCGCGGAGGUGACAGCGGUGUACCAGCUCCUCAUCCGAACCAUAAAGACCAGUUUCCGGGACAAGAUCCAUGUGAUUUUCGACAAAAUCUGCAACGAGGAUGGAUCGGUAACGGAGGCGUGUCUAGAGCGCGUCUGCUGGGGCGUGAUGGGCAGCCUCGACACCCCGGCGGCGGAGAGGCGAUACGAGGAACUGAUCGACGCAGCGCAGCUCAGUCAGACGAUCGCCGCCUUCGUCGAGGAAUACAACGGCCAGCACCAGACCAAGCUCAAUCUGGUCACCUUCAAGUACGUGGUUCAGCACGUGUCGCGGAUCUGCAGAAUCCUCGGGCGUGCGGGCGGCCAUAUGAUGCUCGUGGGUGUGGGUGGGUCGGGGCGGCGCUCCCUCACCCACCUCGCCGCCCAUAUCUGCGGCCAUCGACUGGUCCAUCCGCGCAUCGUAGCCAGAGACGGCUACAGCGAUCUCCGGCGAGUGCUGAAGGACGCCCUCAUCACAGCAGGCGUGGAGGAGAAAGCCACGGUCGUCCUAGUGGGAGAUGAGGUCCUACAGCAUCCUUCCAUCCUGCAUCUCCUGAACACUCUCAUCUUAACGGGAGAUGUGCCGAAUCUCCUCUCUCCCGAAGACCAUAGUUAUCUGUUGGAGCGCCUCCGUCUAUACGCCGAGGACCGUGGCGUGACGGAGACCGACCUGUGGCACGAGCAAGCGCAGCGGGUGGCGGACCUGGUACACGUGGUCAUCACGGCGCCGCCCACGCCCGAACUGAGGCAUAUAUUCGCCAGCUACCCGGCCCUCACCACCCACAUCACGGUCGACUAUUUCAAGCCGUGGCCACGAGAGGCGCUGGUGAAGGUGGGCGAGCACUACCUGGAGGCCGUCCCGCUCAGGAGGUCGAUUAAAGACGCCGUCAUUUCUGCCGCCACCGCCACGCACCAGACGGCCAGGUUCGAUGAGGCUGACUGUGCUCCCGACAGGGUUUAA